AUUUUUGUUCCAAUGAUUCAAAUAAUUACGUUUCGUUCAAUGCAAUUGGUAUGUUUGGUCGACCCUCGGCGUCCAGACAUCUUUGAUUUCCCCCACCCGACCUGAAAUAUCAUUUUCGGCGUCAUGUCAACGGUAACGACUAGGCGGUCACGUGUAUUGGCUAAUUGCGGCGGCUUAAUUACAUCUGAUAAAGAGUUUAAGUUGCGAAAAAAAGAAAAGAUCAUUUUUUACACUCCUGUUAAAAAAAGGAAUCCAAAUGUGUUUUAUAAUCAGAAAAUAGAAUGUAUUUUAUUGUGAUGCACACAUCAAGAAGAAAUUUGAGCUUGUACUGAAUAAGUGAAUAUAAAUAUGUAUAUAUACUAUGCAGAAUAGGCUAAAUUUCGAAGUUCAUUGAUGUUCGCUAGUGAGAUGUCGCACCUAGGAUUAUAAUAUUUUUGACCGGGCCAACAUUGGGAGCACUGACUUAAGUUUUUCUACUACUUUUCGGUCUAUUCAUGUACCUUAGUUGAGUGAGGUUACUCCAGCAAGGGUCUUUUGUCCACAGGCAUGUCAAAGCAAGUUUCAUAGAGAUCGAGGAUGCCAUGACCUUAGAUUGUAAAGUCAAGUACUUGCAUUAACACGCCAUCAUUUUCCACAUCAAAUUCAAUUUAUGAAAUGAACACGUCUCAGGAUUUAAUCACAGAAAUGUCAGAAUUUAACAAGAGAAUCUUAUCAAUGGAAAAUAAAAUUCCUGAAAUUGAAAGCAGCACUUUUCUUCCAGAAAAGUAUAAAAAAGGAAUUACUGAGGAUAUUACUGUCAAAGAUGGUUUACGACAAAUUUUUGCAGCUUGUCUAGCGAAUUGUAUAGUUAUUCAAGCCGGAAUAAAUAUGGCUUAUGGUACAGUUUUGGUCGAGGAUUUUAAAGUAAGUGGAGAAAUAAUGCUAGACACUCAUCAAAAAUCUUGGAUAACAAGUCUGGUGACAAUUACGGUACCAAUCGGUUCUUUCGUGACAGGACCGUUAAUGGACAGGUUUGGAAGAAAAACAAUGUGCCUAGUGUCAUGUGUUCCAGCAAUAAUUUCUUGGAUCCUUCUGAUAACGGGAAAUUCGUUAACAUUAAUUUAUAUAUCACGAUGCAUUGCUGGAUUUGGUUCGGGAUUGACGACAGUGGUCCUAAUUUACGUAUCAGAAAUCACACAUCCAAGAAUAAGACCCAUGAUGCUUUGUUGCAAUUCGGUUUUCGUAUCCCUUGGAAUUCUAGUCACAUUUUGCUUGACUUUUUGGUUAAGUUGGCUGAAAAUUGCAAUAGUCUUUUUAUUAAUCAAUUGCUUUAUUACGCUCGGAUUGUUUUUCAUUCCUGAAAGUCCUUACUGGUAUCUCUGCUUCGAUAAUGGAAUGACGAACGCAAAACGUGUCAGAAAAGCAGAAAAAAGUCUCAAGUGGCUUAAUCGAAGAGAAAAAAUUUACGACAGUGAAUAUUCCCGAAUUAAGGAAAUAUCCCAAGAGCAAAAAAGUACCAGAGACGAAACUCUUCUGCAAAAAUUAAAAUACCUCUACGUUCAAGUUUGUCUCCCAACAGCGUACAAACCCUUGACAAUUAUGUUCUUUCUCUUUCUCUUGCAACAGCUGUCCGGAUGCUACGUUGUAAUUUUCUACGCAAUAUCAAUUUUGAAAAAACUAAUGGAAAGUUCGGAGAAAUCAAGAGCUAUAAAAGAAAGCGAUAUAAACAUUUAUGGUGCUCUUGUUUUGCUCGGAACUGUUCGUUUUACAAUGAGCAUAGUGACGGCCUGGUUUAGCAAAAUUUAUGGAAGAAGGACUCUUUGUAUUAUUAGUGGACUCGGAAUGGCAUUUUCAAUGUUUUUUUCUGGAAUGUAUAUGUAUUUAACGUCAUACUGGGACGAAAAGGGAAAUUUCAAAGUCACAAUGGCUGGACAACAGUGGACUUUAAUAAUAAUAAUUCUAGCUUAUGUUCUUACUAGUUCUAUAGGAUUUAUGGUUAUUCCUUGGACUUUGUCUGGGGAACUUCUUCCAAUUUCUUUAAGAGGAAUUGGAAGUGGAAUCAUGGUUUCGGUUGCUUAUGUUAUUAUGUUUGGAGUCAUUAAGGCUUAUCUUUACGUUUUGGAGGCCAUUGGGGCUCAGGGAAUAUUUUUCUUUUUUAGCUUUAUGUCUCUCGUGGGGACGGGUUUUAUUUAUUUAUUUUUACCUGAGACUUUGGGGAAGUCCUUUUCAGAAAUCGAAAGAUAUUUUGAUAAUGGGAUUAGGAAAGAGAAAGGAAAGGAAAUUAAUCCUGAUUCUGUCUAAGGCGUUUAAAAUUUCGCGCCUUUUUUUAAGCGUAUUGUGACGUUGGCUGGCAAGAUGUCUGAACGUCGAGGACCAAGCAAUUAAUAACAAUUGCAUGAAACGAAGCUUUAUUUUUUUACAAUAACUGUAUUUGAAUAUUAUUCUUUAUUUUGCAAAAACUGUUCAAUUAAAUAAUAAUAUUGAUACAAAAAAUAUACUUUUUAUUAUUUAAUAGAGCAUGAAAUAAUAAAUAAAAGAUAUAAUAUCCAUAUACAGCUUUGUUGAAAAAUGAUUUUUUUCCAAGUUAUUAAAAAACAUCAUUUCGUUCCAUGCAAUUGGUACUAUUAUUUGACCCUCAGCGUGUAGACAUCUUGGAUUUCAUGUACAAAACCUGAAAUACUAAAUCAGAACCAAAUUUCUGGCUGGUGAUAACUGGACUAAACCAAAACGCCAAAAACGAAAUAUUCUAAAAGAUUUGAUGGUAUAGAUAUCUGGUUUAGAUACAUAUAUUUUCAUACGAUUAAUAAAUUCAUUUUCAUAAAAUUAUUGU